AUGGCGAAUCCCUCAACUCAGCGAGCUGUCGUGCUCGAGGAAUUCGGCAAGCCAGUAUCCAUUGUCAACAAUAGACCCAUCCCUGAGGCCAUCCCAGGUAGCGUCGUGGUCAAAGUCUUCGCAGCGCCGCUCCCCCGCUACAUUCAAAGCUUUUAUGAUGGAACCAUUCCAGCACCUGCCCUGACCCCGCCGUUCGUCCCCAACCCUGGCGCCUUGGGCCGCGUCCACAAGGUCGGCAGCGGUGCUGCAAAAAUCAAGGAAGGAGACCUGGUGUAUGUUAGUACCGCAAUUCUCGGCCGCGAUGACCCGAAUACUUUCAUCAUGACGGGCCACGUCAAGGGACUACCUGGGCCGAAUACCGAUCGGCUGGCUGAGGGCGAUUUCCGCGACGGCUCGUUCCAGCAAUACCAGCGCGCGCCUCUCGAAAACGCCUACCCCAUUAACGAGCGCCGCAUCAAAGAGUUGGUCUUUGAGGCGGGCGAUAUCAAAAUUUCGGACACGGUUGUCAUUGGCCCAUCUGGUGGCACAUUUGGAGGGAAUACUGUUGAGGUAGCCCUUGCGGUGGGGGCGAAUGUUAUCGCCCUGGGACGAGACGCAGAGAUGUUGGGCGAUUUGAAGAGCAGGCUCAAGAGCCCUCGGCUCACUACUGUUCUUAUGACAGGUGACGUGGAAGCCGACGCUGGUAAGAUUAUCGCGGCUACACCCGGAGGCGAAGGAGUUGAUGUUUACAAUGACUGGUCCCCCGGUGGUGCCCAAGGGGCGCCUUACCUUCCCGCGGCUGAGCAUGCGCUUAAACGAGGUGGACGCAUUGUCCUGAGUGGCGGCGCCUUUGGUCCCGCCGAGGUUCCGUAUAUUUCGGUGGUCUUCAAGAAGCUCAAGGUUGAGGGUUCCUGGAUGUGCAACCGUCAGUCUAUGGAGCGCAUUAUCCGUAUGAUAGAGGACGGUCGGAUCGAUUUAGGGCCAGAGAGUGGCGUGCAAGUCAAUCGGUUUCAGCUGGACGAGGUGUGCGACGCUAUAAAGCAUGCCGAGGAGAACACUCGCUGGAGAAACAUUACCGUUGUUGCUCCGAAUAUGUAUAAUGGCUAG